AUGUGCAGUAUUCAAGAGGAAACUUCGUUGGACCUCAAUGUAAAAUUCAAACCGACUACAAAGAACUGUGUUAAAUGUAAAACGGCAAAAGCAAUAAUACUAAUUCGACAUUCUACAUAUUGCAAGAAAUGUUUUCAACAUGUAUUUGUUGGUAAAUUCCGAAAAAAUGUAGAAAAAUCUCGUACUGCAUCUAGUUAUGGUAGUGGAGAAAAAAUAAUGGUUGGAUUUUCGGGUGGUCCUUCUUCAAGGGCAAUGUUACAAUUAAUAAAUGAAUAUAAUGAAGCAAUUCCACAUAAGCGGGUAUAUUCUGAAAUUGUUGUUUGUCAUAUUGAUGAAAGCUUAUUGCUUAAUCAGAAAAGUACAAUACCACUGAUAGAACAAUCCGUACGAAAAUAUAAUUAUCCGUUUAUAGGAUUAUAUUUACAAGACAUAUAUAAUUCUGAUGUUACUAAAAGUGGAUUUUAUAAUAGUGUUAUUGAAAUAGAAAUUGAUGCUAAAAUUUCACAACAGAAAGAUCCUACUGAAUCUCCCGCUGAGAAAUUAUCAAAUUUGUUAAAUAAUAUUUCGAAUUUAACCGUAAAAGAAGAUUUUAUAUGGUAUUUGAAACUAUGCUAUUUAAUUGAUACUGCAAGAAAAAAUGGAUGCACGAGAUUAUUUUUGGGAGAUUGUUCAACAAGAUUAUCGAUAAAAAUAAUUUCAUUGACAAGUAAAGGACGUGGAUUUAGCUUACCUUUAGAGACUUCUGGUGAAACAAAUUGGUUUGAAGAUGUAAUAAUUACGAGACCAAUGAAAGACAUGCUAUCAAAAGAAAUUGGAAUAUACAAUCAAUUUGCCGGGCUAGAUGAUGUUUAUGUUCAAAAUGUAACAAGUAUGAUGCACGCUAAAGCCAGUAUCGAGAGACUAACUGAAGAUUUCAUUGUGGGAUUAGAAAAAGAAUUUCCAUCAACUGUUAGUACGAUAGCGAGAACUGGGGCAAAACUUACGCCAUCAGAUUCUAUUAUGAAAGAAAAUCGUUGUGUAAUUUGUUUAAUGCCAUACCAAGAAAAUAAUAAAAUAUGGCAAAAUAGAAUUAUAGUAAUGACAAUUCCUUCAUCACAACAAUCUAAUGGAUGUAAUGAUAUACAACUAAAUUGUUCAAAGAACACAACUUCAGGUGGCUGUAUUAACGGUUGUAACGAUACCAGCAAUGAUGAAUCCAUGGUAAAUGCUGAGUUUGCAGAUUCAUUAUGUUAUGCAUGCCGUGUGGAUAUACGUGAUAUUAAAAUAACCAACAAAAAAAUUAUCCUACCUCCUUAUGUUGCUGAAGGAGUUGAAGAAAGAAAGAAAAAAAUUAAUAGAAAACAGAUGAGAAAACAUAUUGAGGAAUAUUUAUUAUGUAGUGAAGAAGAAUUAUGA